AUGCCGGUCCCUGUCCGCGACAGCGCAGCCAAGCGCGAGGCUGGCGCUGCUCGAAACCGCAAAACACCCUCUGGCGACGCCAAACACCAAAAGCACGCUGCAGGACGAGAGAGAGCUUCACAAUCUCACGGGCCCAACGGACAUGGACCCUUGCACCUCUCUCCCCCCCUUGCCCUGCCCUGCCCUGCCCUGAGUGGCUCCGGCCCGCCCCUCCUGGCACUUCUAAAAAUAUCCCCUCCCACGUCAUCCAGGGUUGGAGACUCACUGCAGUUCCCCCCCCACCCCGCCACCUCUUCCUUGCAUGAUGGCGUCGCAGCGGCGCUGGCGGCUGGCAAAUGGCCGACGACAAGAGGUCGAACGGUUGCGUGGAUCACGGAAGGGUUCCUUCGAGGGCCCGCGAGCCCGCGAGCCCGCGAGCCGCAUGCUCACUUGACGGGGCCGCGGCUGUUUACCGGCGCUCACCUCCGCCUUUCGUUUGAGGCAGAGAGGCUUUACGUCAUCAAUGAGCUCGGACCGGCGCGCCAGGUCUUGCAUGGUGUCCUCUGA